GGAUCAUUACAUGAUAUGGCUAGCAGUGAGGACAGGGUAUAAAGACCCUAUCCGACCAGAAAUAAAGAUCCCUCUCUUGUUCUCAUUCUCCACUGCCUCUUGACUAAUCAUUCGCAUCUCUUAACAGCUCCAUUUCGCCCACUGCAAUCGCAAACUGUUCGGGAACCUCUCUGCCUGCAAACAUGGAGUUCUUCACUCGCAAGACGCACACGACUGCACAGCCGGCCGACAAUACUACCGCCGCGAAUGGCUACCACGAUAUAUACUCUAUGCAGACUCGGCCGAAGUUUGGACAGUGGCUCAAAUGCACAUGGCUCGAUAUUCUAACCAUGGCAGUCAUGGGUGCUGUUGGCCUCGGAGUCUACAUGGCACAUCCUGCCCCUUCUCGAUCUUUCGCCGUCACCUUCUCAGAUGGCGAGGUAGUCUACCCCGAGUUUGCCUACCCUUUGCGCAAAGAGAUUGUUCCCAUUUGGCUCGCCGCCUUCCUGGCCGCCAUCAUACCCAUUUUGGGUAUCCUGAUUAUGCAAGUUCGCGUCCGCUCCUUCUGGGAUGUUAACAACGGAAUCAUUGGCCUAUUGUACUCGCUCAUCAGCGCCGCUGUUUUCCAGGUCUUUGUUAAGUGGCUCAUCGGGGGGCUGCGUCCUCAUUUUCUCGAUGUCUGCAAGCCUGAUACCAGCCUGGCCACAGACACCGGGUAUAACAGGAAGGGAUUCCAGCAGCUCUACUUCACAAGGGAGAUCUGCACUGGAGAUAUUGAUCAGAUCGACGACAGUCUCGAGUCAUUUCCCAGUGGACAUUCGACUGCAGCCUUCGCCGGAUUCGUUUUUCUCUACCUAUACCUGAAUGCGAAGCUCAAGGUCUUUUCUAACUACCACCCGGCCAUGUGGAAGCUCAUUGUCAUAUACGCGCCUGUGCUCGGAGCUGUCCUGAUUGGCGGCGCCCUGACAAUCGACAAUUUCCACAACUGGUACGAUGUCGUGGCCGGAGCCGUGAUCGGAUCUGUCAUGGCCUUCUCAUCUUACCGCAUGACGUACGCGGCCAUUUGGGACUGGAGGUACAACCACAUCCCUUUGAACCGCAAUGCGCCGUUCCCCUACCUUCCAGAGAGUGGCGAGUUGGUGGGCGCUGUAUUUACGAGAAAGGCUGGUUGGGGAGAUGCUGCGGGAGUACUCGGACGAGGAAAUGACCAGAGUUACCAUGGCCACACGCAUAAUGAGAAUCAAGAUAGGUACCAUGCCAGUUCAGCAAUCCCGCUAAGGGCUGUGGGCGGGGGACAUGCACAGCCUGAGGACAUGGUUUGAUGGAGCGCACAAUAUGAUACAUAGGUAGGAAAUGAAGGUACCUAGCAGUUUAGCCUCAAGGGCAGUAGCGAAAUUCGAAGUCUUCAGGCAAGUUGCAGAAUGAGCUCCAUCCGUCAUAUGAGUAGCAAGGUGACGGCAACGACCGCAAAGGCUGUUGCAUGGGCAUGGAACAAAGGCGUCUUGAUAAUAAAGAAUGAUAACGAAAAUAAGAAAGGGGUGGGAUGUUGCCAG